GUCCUGUGACCAGAAGGUGAUUGCACAGCUGAGGUCUCGCACUCUGGGCAUCAGUGCGAGCAGGCUGUACAACACCUUGCGGGAGCAGCACACCGAUGCUUGGAUGCGGAGAUCCAUCCACUACCUCGGCGUAUGCGAGCAGUUCCGGUCCUUGUACUCUGUUCAACGGCAGGUCACACCACCGCCGUCCAUGCCCCCAGUACCGUCUGCUGCCUGGCUUCUGACGGUGUACGGCUACGACGUGGUGAUGCGGCUGGAUGAGUACAAGGCCCGGAUCACUUUCACCUUCGGAUCCAUUUUAAAAAUGGAUUCCACCAAAAAGGUGACGAAGAAGCUCGCCGGUGCCGCCUCCGACACGGCCGUCUGGGUUACCAACGUGGGUAACGAGCACGGCCAGGUCCUCAUCAGCGUCCUCACCUGCUCAGAGGGGACCGAGGGCCUGAGCUCCAUGGUGGCCUGAUUGAUGAGGCGGUAGCGACUCGCCGAGGUACCUCCCCUGCUGGUCAUGUACGUGGACCAGGAUGCUGCAGAGGAGACGGCGUGUCAAAGACAGCUGCCAUGUUUCAUGAGUGGGGAAACUUCGUGGUUCGGCUCGACAUCUGGCACCUCAUGAGUCGUUUCGCUUGUGGUGUCACCAGCGAGAGCCACGAGCUCUACCCCACCUUCAUGAGGCAGCUGUCUCACUGCAUCUUUGAGGUGGACCCUCAGGAUGCCCGCCGUCUCACCGAGGCCAAGCGGUCCGAGCUGGGGAGGAAGCGCGGGAUGUUCGACCUGAGCGAUGCUGAGGUGAUCCAGAGGAUCUCCAAGGAGGAGUGGAGGCUCCACUGCCGCCGCAGGAGGCGUGGGGCGGUGGACACGGCCAUCCUCCUCCAGAACCUCUUGGACACCUUCAGAGGACCGGCAGGACGAAACACUCUGAACAUCCCGUUGCUGGAUGAUCUCCACAUCCAGGACAUCUGGGAAACGCAGAUAAGCCACCUCAGCUGCAUUCAGGACCCACCAGGCCUGCAGCUCUACACCCAGACUGGGUCGCUGACCAAAGGAGGGGUCAGCCUCCCAGUCUAUCGCUGUGUGAAGUGUUCCACAUCCCUAGAGUCCUUCCACCUCCACCUGAACCGCUUCAUCUCAGGGACGUCUGCCAGUGCCAGGUACUUCCAGGCGUUCCUCGUGGAUGGAGUGGUGAGGUGGAACGAGGACCGUGCAGCGGCUGCAGCGGCUUUGGAAGCAGCUGAGGAGAAGGCGUCUCUGCUGUCCUACAGUGGCCACCUCAAACACACCCUCAACCAGAAGAGCCAAAGGGUGCUUGGACUUCAGCGGGUUGAGGUUUUCACCAAGCCUGCUUCGUACACAGGUAACUAAAAUAAUGCAUCAUAAAGACGCAAGCUUUGAGAAAAGGCUUUUUAACGGCUCCUCUGGGCGUUCUGCUUCAUCACAGGAGAACUCAUUGGACUUGAGUUCCUGUUUACGCAGACAGGAAGCGUGUUUGAGGACAUCAGCAUGGAUCCUGACACUCCGGUUGAGAGGAUACAAGAAGAUGAGGUGGACCCAACCAUCUUCCUUCAAGAAGACUCCUCCUCUCGGGCAGCCUCUCAGUCAGGAGCACCCAGG